GACAACAGUGACAAUCGUGACAACAGGGACAACACUGGCAACGGCGAAAACAAUGACAACAGUGACAGCGGUGACAACGGUCACAACGGUAACAACGGUGACAACAGUGACAAAAGUGACAACGGUGACAACAGUCACAAGAGGGACAAAGGUGACAACGGUGACAACGGUGACAACGGUCACAACAGUGACAAUCGUGACAACAGUGACAACAGCGAAAACGGCGACAACGGUGACAACAGUGACAAUGGUCACAUCGGUGACAACAGUGACAACGGUGACAACGGUGACAUCAGUGACAACCGUGACAACCGUGACAACAGUAACAACGGGAAAAAAAUGACAACAGGGACAGCAGUGACAAUGGUGACAACAGUGACAAGUGUGACAACUGUGACAACGGUGAACACGGAGACAACAUCGAAAACACCAACAAUCGUGACAACUGUAACAACAGUGAUAAGAGUGACAGCGAUGACAUCGGUGUCAAGGGUGACAACAGUGAAAACAGCGAGAAUAGUGAUAAUGGUUAGAACUGCGACAAAAGUGAUAACGGUGACAACAGUGACAAUCGUGGCAACAGUGACAACAGUGUGAACUGCAAAAACAAUGACAACAGUGACAGCGGUGACAACGGUGACAACGGUGACAACAGUGACAGCGGUGACAACGGUGACAACAGUGGCAAUCUUGACAACCGUGACAAUGGUGACAACCGUGACAACGGUGACGUCGGUGACAACGGUGAAAAAACUCACAACAGUGAAAUCGGUGGCAACGGCGACCGCGGUGACAACGGUGACAACAGUGACAGCAGUGACAAUGGUGACAAGAGUGGUAACAUUGACAACCGUGACAACAGUGACAACCGUGACAAUUGUGACAACAGUGACAAGAGUGACAGUGAUGACAUCGGUGACAACGGUGCCAGCAGUGACAAUCGUGACAACAGUGACAACAGUGAGAACAGUGAUAAUAGUGACAACAGUGACAAUGGUGAUAAAGGUGACAACAGUGACAACGGUGACAACGGUGACAACGGUGACAGGAGUGACAAGAGUGACAAUGGUGACAACCAUGACAACGGUGACAACGUUGACAACGGUGACAGAGGUAACAACAGGGACAGAGGUGACAACAGUGAGAACGGUAACAACAGUGACAAUCAUGACAACAGUGACAACAGUGACAACGGCGAAAACAAUGACAACGGUAAGAGCGGUGACAACGGUCACAACGGUCACAACAGUGGCAACUGUGACAGCAGUGACAAUUGUGACAACAGUGACAACAGUGAGAAGGGUAACGACAGUGACAACAGUGACAACGGUGACAACGGUGAGAACUUUGACAAUGGUGACAAAAGUAACAACAGUGACAACGGAGACAACUGUGACAACACCGACAACUGUGACAACUGUGACAACGGUGACAACGGUAACAACGGUGACAACAGUGACAACCGUGACAACCGUGACAACAGUGACAACAGUGACAAUGGUGACAGCAGUGACAGCGGUGACAACGGUGACAAAGGUGACAACAGCGACAACAGUAACAACAGUGACAACUGUGACAACGGUGACAACGGUGAGAACCGUGACAACUGUGACAAUCGUGACGAAAGUGACAACGGUGACAACAGUGACAACAGUGACAACAGUGACAGAGGUGACAACGGUGACAAUGGUGACAAUGGUGACAAAAGUGACAACAGUGACAGUCGUGACCAUAGUGACAACAGCGAGAACGGUGAAAACGGUGACAACAAUGACAAUGGUCACAUCGGUGACAACAGUGACAACAGUAACAACAGUGACAACUGUAACAACGGUGACAACGGUGAGAACCGUGACAACUGUGAAAACCGUGACAAAAGUGACAAUGGUGAGAACAGUGACAACAGUGACAACAGGGAUAGAGGUAACAACGGUGACAACGGUGACGAUGGUGACAACUGUGACAGUCGUGACAAUAGUGAAAAAAGCGAGAACGGCGAAAACGGUGACAACAAUAAAAAUGGUCACAUCGGUGACAACAGUGACAACAGUGACAACGGUGCCAAGCGUGAUAUCCGUGACAACCGUAACAACAGUGACAACGGUGAAACAAUGACAACGGUGACAACAAUGACAAUGGUCACAUCAGUGACAACAGUGACAACAGUAACAACAGUGACAACUGUGACAACGGUGACAACGGUGAGAACCGUGCAACUGUGACAACCGUGAGAAAAGUGACAACUGUGACAAUCGUGACAACAGUGACAACAGUGACAAUGGCAAAAACAAUGACAACAGUAAGAGCGGUGACAACGGUGACAACGUUCACAACAUUGACAACAGUGACAGCAGUGACAAUUGUGACAAGAGUAACGACAGUGACAACAGUGACAACGGUGACAUCUUUGACAAUGGUGACAAAAGUGACAACAGUGACAACGGUGACAACUGUGACAACGGUGACAACCGUGAUAACCGCGACAACCGUGACAACAGUGACAACGGUGACAAUGGUGACAUCAGUGACAGCAGUGACAACGGUGACAACGGUGACAACAGUGACAACAGUAACAACAGUGAUAACUGUGACAACGGUGACAAUGGUAAGAACCGUGACAACUGUGACAACCGUGACAAAAGUGACAACGGUGACAACAGUGACAACAGUGAGAGAGGUGACAACGGUGACAAUGGUCACAACGGUGACAAUAGUGACAACAGUGACAGUCGUGACAAUAGUGACAACUGCGAGAACGGUGAAAAAAGUGACAACAAUGACAAUGGUCACAUCGGUGACAACAGUGACAACAGUAACAACAGCGACAACCGUGACAACGGUGACAACGGUGAUAGCCGUGACAACUGUGACAACCGUGACAAAAGUGACAACGGUGACAACAGUGAGAAGAGUAACAACAGUGACAGAGGUAACAUCGGUGACAACGGUGACAAUGGUGACAAUAGUGAGUCGUGACAAUAGUGAAAACAGCGAGAACGGCGAAAACGGUGACAACGAUGACACUGGUCACAUCGGUGACAACAGUGACAACAGUGACAACAGUGCAACGGUGCCAAGCGUGACAACCAUGACAACCGGUGAAAAGAAUGGCGACAGUGACAGUGGUGACAACAGUGACAACGGUGACAACAGUGACAACGGUGACAACAGUGACAAUCGUGAAAACUGUGACAACCAUGACAACGGUGGCAACAGUGACAACUGUGACAACUGUGACAACCGUGACAACAGUGACAACGGUGACAACCUUGAAAACACCAACAACUGUGACAACGGUGACAAUGGUGACAACAGUGACAACUGUGACAACCGUGACAACAGUGACAAGAGUGACAGUGAUGACAUCGGUGACAACGGUGAGAACAGUCACAAUCAUGACAACAAUGACAACAGCGAGAAUGGUGAUAAUGGUGACAAGAGUGAAAAUGGUGACAACUGUGACAACAGUGACAACGGAGACUACGGUGACAAUGGUGACAAUGGUGACAAGAGUGACAACGGUGACAACCGUGACAACACCGACAACAGUAACAACGGUGACAACAGUGGCAACAGUGACAACUGUGUCAACCGUGAAAAAAGUGACAACGGUGACAACAGUGACAGAGGGGACAACGGUGACAACAGUGACAAUCGUGACAACAGGGGAACCAAUUACAACAGUGACAGCGGUAACAAUGGUGACAAAGUGACAACAGUGACAAUUGUGACAACCGUCAACGGUGACAACGCAUAAAACAGUGACAACAGUGACAACUGUGACAACCGUGACAACCGUAACAACGGUGACAACGGAGACAACGGUAAAAAAGGGGAAACAGUGACAAUGGUGACAAAAGUGACAACAGUGACAGAGGUGACAACGGUGACAACGGUAGAAACAGUGACAAUCGUGACAACAGUGACAACAGUGACAACGGCGAAAACAAUGACAACAGUAAGAGCGGUGACAACGGUGACAACAGUCACAACAUUGACAACAGUGACAGCAGUGACAAUUGUGACAACAGUGACAACAGUGACAACGGUGACAACGGUGAGAACUUUGACAAGGGUGAAAACGUUGAUAACACCAACAACUGUGAAAACGGUGGCAAUUUUGACAACAGUGACGACUGUGACAACCGUGGCAACAGUGACAAUCAUGACAACAGUGACAACAGCGAGAAUGGUGAUAAUGAUGACAACAGUGACAACAGCGACAACAGUGACAACAGUGAGAACGGUGACAACGGUGACAAGAGUGUGAAGAGUGACAACGGUGACAACCGUGACAACACCGACAACUGUAACAACGGUGACAAUGGUGACAACACUGACAACUGUGACAACCGUGACAACAGUGACAACCGUGACAACCGUGACAACCGUGACAGCGAUGACUUCGGUGAAAACGGUGACAACAGUGAAAAUCGUGACAACAGUGAAAACAGCGAGAAUGGUGAUAAUGGUGACAACCGUGAAAAUGGUGACAACUGUGACAACAGUGACAACGGAGACUACGGUGACAAUGGUGACAAUGGUGACAAGAGUGACAACGGUGACAACCGUGACAACACCGACAACAGUAACAACGGUGACAACAGUGGCAACAGUGACAACUGUGUCAACCGUGAAAAAAGUGACAACGGUGACAACAGUGACAGAGGGGACAACGGUGACAACAGUGACAAUCGUGACAACAGGGGAACCAAUUACAACAGUGACAGCGGUAACAAUGGUGACAAAGUGACAACAGUGACAAUUGUGACAACCGUCAACGGUGACAACGCAUAAAACAGUGACAACAGUGACAACUGUGACAACCGUGACAACCGUAACAACGGUGACAACGGAGACAACGGUAAAAAAGGGGAAACAGUGACAAUGGUGACAAAAGUGACAACAGUGACAGAGGUGACAACGGUGACAACGGUAGAAACAGUGACAAUCGUGACAACAGUGACAACAGUGACAACGGCGAAAACAAUGACAACAGUAAGAGCGGUGACAACGGUGACAACAGUCACAACAUUGACAACAGUGACAGCAGUGACAAUUGUGACAACAGUGACAACAGUGACAACGGUGACAACGGUGAGAACUUUGACAAGGGUGAAAACGUUGAUAACACCAACAACUGUGAAAACGGUGGCAAUUUUGACAACAGUGACGACUGUGACAACCGUGGCAACAGUGACAAUCAUGACAACAGUGACAACAGCGAGAAUGGUGAUAAUGAUGACAACAGUGACAACAGCGACAACAGUGACAACAGUGAGAACGGUGACAACGGUGACAAGAGUGUGAAGAGUGACAACGGUGACAACCGUGACAACACCGACAACUGUAACAACGGUGACAAUGGUGACAACACUGACAACUGUGACAACCGUGACAACAGUGACAACCGUGACAACCGUGACAACCGUGACAGCGAUGACUUCGGUGAAAACGGUGACAACAGUGAAAAUCGUGACAACAGUGAAAACAGCGAGAAUGGUGAUAAUGGUGACAACCGUGCCAAAAGUGAGAACGGUGAAAAGAGUGACAACAGUGACAGAGGCGACAACGGUGACAACGGUGACAACAGUGACAAUCGUGAUAACAGUAACAACAGUGAGAACGGCAAAAACAAUAACAACAUUGAGAGCGGUGACAACAGUAACAACAGUGACAACAGUGACAAUCGUGACAACCGUGACAACGGUGACAAUUGGAAAACAGUGACAACAGUGACAACUGUGACAACCGUGACAACAUUGACAACAGUGACACCGGUGAAAAAACUGACAACAGUAAUAGCGGUGAGAACGGUGAGAACGGUGACAACAGUGACAACAGUGACAAACGUGACAACGGUGACAACAGUGACAACGGUGACAACGGUGACAAGUGACAACAGUGACAACCGUGACAACAGUCACAACAGGGACAACGGUUACAACCUUGAAAACAACAACAACUGUGACAACGGUGACAAUGGUGACAACAGUGACAACCGUGACAACCGUCAUGACGGUGACAACGGUGACAACCUUGAAAACACCAAUAACUGUGACAAAAGUGACAAUGGUGACAGCAGUGACAACUGUGACAACCGUGACACCAGUGACAACUGUGACAACCGUGACAACCGUGACAAGAGGGACAAGAGUGAAAGUGAUGACGUCGGUGACAACGGUGACAAUAGUGACAAUGCUGAAAACAUUCACAACGGUGACAACGGUGACAGUAGUGACAAGACUGACAAUGGUGACAACCGUGACAACACCGACAACAGUGACAACAGUGACAACCGUGACAAAAGUGACAACUGUGACAACAGUGUCAACAGUGACAGAGGUGACAACGGUGAUAACAGUAACAAUAGUGAGAAUCGUGACAAAAGUGACAACGGCGAAAACAAUGAGAACAGUGACAGCAGUGACAAUGGUGACAACGGCUACAACAGUGACAACAGUGACAGCGGUGACAAUUGUGACAACAGUGACAACAGUGACAAGAGUAACAACAGUGACAAAAGUGACAAUAGUGACAACCGUGACAACUGUGACAACGGUAACAACUGUGACAACCGUGACAACGGUGACAACGGUGACAGCAGUGACAAUCGUGACAACCGUGACAACGGUGACAACAGUGACAGUGACAACCGUGACAACUGUGACAACCGUGACAACGGAGACAACGGGGACAACCAGGAAAACACCAACAACAGUGAGAACGGUGAUAAUGGUGACAACAGUGACAACUCUGACAACUGUGACAACAGUGACAAGAGUGAAAGUGAUGACAUCGGUGACAACGGUGACAACAGUGACAAUCAUGACAACAGUGACAACAGCGAGAACGGUGAUAAUGGUGACAAGGGUGACAAUGAUGACAACAGUGACAACAGUGACAAUGGUAACAACAGCGACAACGGUGGCAAUGGUGACAAGAGUAAGAACGGUGACAACCGUGACAACACCGACAACAGUGACAACGGUGGCAACAGUGACACCAGUGACAACUGUGACAACCGUGACAAAAGUGACACAGUCAAUACAGUGACAGAGGUGAAUACGGUGACAACGGUAACAACAGUGACAAUCGUGAAUACAGUGACAAGAGUGACAACGGGGAAAACAAAGACAACAGUGACAGUGCUGACAACGGUGACAACGGUGACAACAGUGACAAUCGUGACAACCGUGACAACGGUGACAACGGUAAAAACAGUGACAACAGUGACAACUGUGACCACCGUGACAACCGUAACAACGGUGACAACGGUGAAAAAAGUGGCAACAGUGACAGCGGUGACAACAGUGACAACAGUGACAACAGUGAAAACAGUGACAACGGUGACAACGUUGAUAACACAAACAACUGUGACAACGGUUACAACGGUGACAACGGUGACAACAGUGACAAUGGUGACAAUGGUGAAAAGGGUCACAACAGUUAAAACCGCAACAACCGCCACAACAGUGACAACGGUGACAACAGUGACAACGGUGACAAUGGUCACAACAGUAACAACAGUAACAGCAGUGACAAUUGUGACAACAGUGACAACAGUGACAAGAGUAACAACAUUUUGAACAGUGACAACAGUGACAACGGUGACAACGGUGACAACGGUAACAACAGUGCAACUGUGACAACCGUGACAAAGGUGACAACGGUAACAAUGGUGAAAAGACUCACAACAGUUAAAACAGUGACAACAGUGACAACGGUGACAACGGUGACAACGGUGACAAUCGUGACAACCGUGAUAACGGUGACAACGGUGAAAACAGUGACAACAGUGAUAACUGUAACAACCAUUACAACGGUGACAAUGGUGACAAUGGUGAAAAAAGUGGCAACAGUGACAGCGGUGACAACGGUGACAAGAGUGGCCACAGUGACAACGGUGACAACAGUGACAACAGUGACAACAGUGACAACGGUGACAACGGUGAUAACACUGACAACCGUGACAACCGUACCAACGGUGACAACAGUGACAACACCGACAACUGUGACAACAGUGACAACGGUGACAACAGUGACAACCGUGAAAACAGUGACAAUGGUGACAAAGGUGACAACGGUGACAAUGGUGACAAAAGUGACAUUAGUGACAACAGUGACUACUGAGACAACACCGACAACUGUGACAAUGGUGACAACGGUGACAACAGUGACAACCGUGACAACGGUGACAACAGUGACAAUGGUGACAACGGUGACAACAGUGAGAGCGGUGACAACGAUAAAAACAGUGACCACAGUGGCAACCGUGACAACCGUGACAACAGUGACACUGGUGACAGCGGUGACAACAGUAACAGCGGUGACAACGGUGACAACGGUGACAACAGUGACAACCGUAACAACUGUGACAACAAUGACAACAGUGACAACGGUGACAACGGUGAGAAUGGUAAGAACAGUAACAACAGUGACAAUCGUGACAACCAUGACAAAGGUGGCAACGGUGACAAUAGUGACAAUGGUGAAAACAGUGACAACAGUGACAGCGGUGACAACAGUGAGAACGGUGACACUAGUGACAACAGGAGAACUGUGACAACCGUGAGAACAGUGACAAGAGUGACAACGGCGACAGCGAUGACAACAGUGACAACAGUGACAACAGUGACAAUGGUGACAACAGUGACAACAAAGACAACGGUGACAACAGUGACUUUUUUGACAACCGUGACAACAAGAGAACCGUGACAACCGUGAGAACAGUGACAAGAGUGACAGUGAUGACAUUGGUGACAGCGGUGACAACGGUGACAACAGUGACAAUGGUGACAACAGUGACAACGGUGACAACGGUGACAACGGUGAUAAGAGUGACAAGAGUGACAAUCGUCACAACAGUGACAAUGGCGAAAACAAUGACAACAGUGACAGCAGUGACAACGGUAACAACGGUCAUAACAGUGACAACAGUGACAGUGGUAAAAAUUGUGACAACAGUGACAAAAGUGGGAACGGUGACAACUGUGACAACACCGACAACUGUAACAAUGGUGACAACGGUGACAACGGUGACAACAGUGACAACCGUGACAACUGUGACAACAGAGACAAUGGUGACAACGGUGACAACAGUGACAGCGGUGACAACGGUGACAACAGUGACUACAGUAACAACGGUGACAACUGUGACAACGGUGGCAACGGUGACACCACUGACAACGGUGAAAACAAUGACAUCAGUGACAGCGGUGUUAAUGGUGACAACGGUGACAACAGUGACAAUGGUGACAAUUGUUAAAACAGUGACAAUGGUGAAAACAAUGACAACAGUGAAAGCGGUGACAACAGUGACAAUGGUCACAACCGUGACAACGGUGACAACGGUGACAACGGUGACAACAGUGACAACAGUAAUAACUGUGACAACCGUGACAACGGUGACAACGGUGACAACUUUAAAACCACCA